AUGGUGUUACCACAGCCGGUCACGAAGCUGGACCAUUCGUGUUCAGUCAUCUUCAAGAACACCCUUUACUCAUACAGCUCCAACUGUUUCCAAUCCCUUCCCCUAGAAAAAGGAGCACAAUGGAAGAAAUUGGAGUCGGGCGUAGGCGUGGAAGGAGGCGUAUGCGUGAAGACGACCCCACCAGAGAAUCCAGAUGCCGCGGCCAUGUGGGUUGUGGGAGGAAGCACGAGUGAUGCCAACUACCAAGGACUGCAAAAAUAUACGUUCGCGACGAGUACGUGGGAGACGAUACAACCAAAUGUGCCAGUGACCCAGAAUCGCUUAUAUCAUGGCGCGGCAUAUCUCAAUGGCUCCGACUCGAUUCUGAUCUACGCUGGUUCCCAGGACGGAAACAAGGUACCAACCUCGCAAACAUUUACGCUGAAUGCCACUGAACCCUACAACGUACUCGCAUACAAGGCCAUUGCUGACCCUGCAAUCGAUCCCCAAUUGAUUCCAUUCUCGACAACGAAGGCCAUGUAUGUGGGAGGAAGCGAAUCGAACAAAAAGAUGAUGCUUUUCAGUCCAUCGUCAGGAUGGCAAGACUCGAAUGCUACUCUUGCCCAGCCCUUUUACAACAACAAGAGCAUCAAAUCAAUCGUUAUCAAUGGUGAUGAUGCUAGUAAAACCCUAUACACUUUCGACAUGACAGUAUCCCCUAAUGUCGUCAACCGGACCAUCUUCAUGGACUCCAACGGUAACCCCGUGCAGGAUGCACAGCCCAUUGUUUCUACUCGAGAAGCUAGCACACCUAACCCGAAGGAUAGGAGAGAUAAUCUGACAUUGGAGAAGAGAGAUAAUCUAACGGUGGAGAAUUGGCCAACCUACAACGAUACCCUGGUGCCAAUGUCCACACGAACGGAUUACGCUCUAGCGCGUGAUCAAAGUGGUCUCGUUGUGGUGUCCGGUGGUAAUGAUGAAGAUGUAUUGUGCAUGUUUAGGGCGAGGAAAAACACUUGGGUCAACGCGACUUCGAUGCUCGUAAAGGCUGAAGUUCAACAACCGAUAGGAACGAAUCCAAACCCACCAACCACCAUCUCAUCCAUUUCUAAUCCCUCCGGAACCGCAUCACCUCUAUCGACUGCAUCUUCUGAAGCUGCCCCCGCUACUGCACGUCCCUCAGAUCCAAAGGUCCCAGUUAAGAUUCUUGGAGGCGUGCUAGGCUCAAUAUUAGGAGUGGCAGCCAUAUUUGUACUGAUAUUAUUACUGCUGCGAUAUAAGAGGAAGCAGAGAGAGCAUAGUGAAAUGGGACGUCACCGGAGAAGCUCGAGUGGUAUGCCAGAUGGGGAUGAGAAGAAUGAGAUGGACUUUAUGGAUAGGGGUUUACCUUCAACGGCAACAACCGCAUCGGCGCGACGACCUUAUCAUAAACAGGAACCAUCAGGUGGAUCAUUUUCAUCAAUGGCCAUAUUGAUGGGAAAGGUUGGACACAGCAAAGGAGAAUCCAAAGAUUACGCGAGUGAAAGCAAUGGUCCAUUCAACAAGAAUUACGCCAUCAGCAAGCCUAUACCACAUGAUAACGCUGUAUUAUCCUCCGUCAAGGAGGCACCUAAAGAAUACGCGAGUGCCUUGCCAGUUAAUGACCCCAGCAGACCGCCUCUUAGUAAGGCAAGAGGAAUGAAUAAUAAGGUACCACAAGGAAGCGCAAGAAGGAGUUCGGGGUGGAAUAGAUACUGGUCAGGUGGAAGCUCGAUGAAUAUUCUUGGUUUUGGAGGGGCAUCGAAACGAACGACGUACGAAGAAGGAUCAGAAAGAGAGUCAAGUUAUACGGAACCACGCAAAAGUCAAUUUACGCAAAGCUCGGCAAAACCCACGCCACUGCAAGUUCCCAUUCCCGUACCUGGCGGCUUGGAACUGAAUAGAGUCCGUACUGGCAGUCCAACAUUUUCAACCUACGAACCAACAUACCCCUUGCAGCGGGAGAUGUCGGGUACGAUUGAAAGAAACUCGUUGACAAGUUCAAUAUCAUCAUAUGAUGACCGACGGGAUGAAUUUUCGAGUGGUGUGCCAUCGAGUGUACCUGAUCAAUGGGGUCCUGUUGGAGGAGAUGACUAUGGACGUGCUCCAAGUGUGGCAUACACAGCGAGUGUUUAUCCCACGAGUAGUGUCUACGCGCCUACGAUUCCGCGAGAUACAAUACCUUUUCCUGAAGAACUCCGCUUCCCUGAACCCCCGAACGCACAACGACAACCCACAGCAUCCACUGAUAUGAGCUGGCUUAAUCUUGGAAAUGACGGGAGAGUGUAA